GUUCAAGAGAGCUCCCGAGUCUCGAAUGGCCAGCUCACCUCAAACCCGCGUCAAGGCGAGUUGAACAGAGAGACAACUUUACACAGUCCUAGUCACGCAUUGAUAUCUCAAAAAAUCAUAUGGGAUAAAGCUUCAACAUCUUAAUGAUAUCCUUGAUACUUUGAUUCUUUUCUUUUCUUUCUCUUUGGUCGAACAUUGAGGGUCCUUCAAGAUGUGGUCCUCGGGCCAGCUGUCCAUGCGAUGGGCAGCCCUCUUCUGCAUCCUCGCCACCCUUUGCACUUUGUUUACACCAGCUGUCACCGUGAAGGAAAAUGACUUCAAGAAGUGCAACCAAUCCGGCUUCUGCAGACGGAAUCGCGACUUUGCCGACAAUGCUAUCGGAUCAAGCUCAUGGGAGUCCCCUUACGGCAUCCUCCCUGAAUCUGCAUCAUUUCAAGACGGGCAGUUCCAAGCCACUAUUCUCAAGGCUAUCAACGACAAGGGCGACACUGUCCGACUGCCCGUUACCAUCUCUUUCCUUCAGUCUGGGACUGCUCGCGUCACCGUCGACGAAGAGAAGAGGCAGAAGCAGGAUAUCGAGCUCCGACACGACAGCAAGGCAAGGAAAGAGCGAUACAAUGAGGCCGAGAAAUGGGUUAUUGUUGGUGGAUUGGACCUGGACAAGGAUGCCAAGGUCGCCUACCAGGACAAGUCGCAGUGGACCGUGAAAUACGGCCCCGCCUCGACCCAUGAAGCUGUCAUCAAGUUCUCUCCCCUCAGCAUUGACUUCAAACGGGAUGGGACCACCCAGAUCAAGUUCAACGAGAAGGGUCUGUUGAACAUGGAGCACUGGAGGCCCGUACCCUCGGCCGAUCCCGAGCCGGAGAAGAAGGAAGGCGAGGAGAAUCAGGAAGAAGCGAAACCGGAGGAGAAAAGCGGCGAAGAUGAGAGCACCUGGUGGGACGAGACUUUUGGCGGAAACACCGACUCCAAACCUCGCGGACCAGAGAGUAUCGCCUUGGAUAUUUCUUUCGUUGGAUAUGAGCACGUCUACGGAAUUCCGUCGCAUGCUGGGCCCCUAUCGUUGAAAGAGACCCGUGGCGGAGACGGCAAUUACGGCGAGCCAUACCGGCUCUACAAUCUCGAUGUCUUCGAGUACAUCCUGGACAGCCCCAUGACGCUCUAUGGCGCGAUCCCCUUCAUGCAGGCUCACCGCAAAGAUUCGACUGUCGGUGUCUUCUGGCUCAACGCGGCAGAGACCUGGAUCGACAUCACCAAGGGGAAGGAGUCCAAGAAUCCAUUGGCCCUCGGGAUCGGAUCCAAGACAAGCACGCAUACACACUGGAUUUCGGAGAGCGGUCUCCUGGAUGUCUUCGUCUUCCUGGGGCCUACGCCGCGUGAUGUCAUCAAGAACUACGGCGAGCUCACCGGCUACUCGGCCAUGCCCCAAGAAUUCGCCAUUGGGUAUCACCAAUGCCGCUGGAACUAUAUCUCUGACGACGACGUCAAGGACGUGGAUCGCAAAAUGGACAAGUUCAAGAUCCCCUACGAUGUCAUCUGGCUGGAUAUCGAAUAUACCGACGGCAAGAAGUACUUCACCUGGGACCCGAACAUGUUCAAGGACCCGGUCGGGAUGGGCGAUCACCUGGACGAGCACGGCCGGAAGCUGGUUCUCAUCAUCGACCCGCACAUCAAGAAUGAGGAUGGCUACCCGGUCGUGGCGGACCUGAAGUCGAAGGAUCUGGCCGUGAAGAACAAGGAGGGUAACAUCUUUGAUGGCUGGUGCUGGCCCGGUUCCUCGCACUGGAUUGAUGCCUUCAACCCUGCUGCUACCAAGUGGUGGACCUCGCUCUUCAAGUACGACGCCUUCAAGGGCACAAGGGAGAAUACCUUCAUAUGGAACGACAUGAACGAGCCUUCCGUCUUCAACGGGCCUGAAACCACGAUGCCCAAGGAUAACCUGCAUCACGACGGCUGGGAGCAUCGUGAUGUCCACAACCUGAAUGGCAUGACGUUCCACAACGCGACGUAUCAGGCACUACUCUCGCGGAAGUCGGGCGAGCUUCAGAGACCGUUUGUUCUCACGCGCUCCUUCUUUGCUGGCUCGCAGCGCGUUGGCGCCAUGUGGACGGGCGACAACCAGGCUUCCUGGGAGCAUCUCGGUGCCGCUAUCCCCAUGAUCCUCAGCCAGGGCAUUUCCGGCUUCCCUUUCUCGGGCGCUGAUGUCGGUGGCUUCUUUGGCAAUCCAGACAAGGAGCUCCAGACUCGCUGGUACCAGGCUGGCGCUUUCUAUCCCUUCUUCCGCGGGCACGCCCACAUUGAUGCCCGUCGGCGUGAGCCGUAUCUGGCCGGUGAGCCGUACACUGCCAUCAUCACUGCCGCGCUGCGCCUGCGGUACAGCCUCCUGCCUUCAUGGUACACCGCCUUCUACCAGGCCCAUCGAGACGGUACUCCGAUCAUCCGGCCCAUGUUUUACACUCACCCGGCUGAAGAGGGUGGUUUCGCCGUCGACGACCAAUUCUUUGUUGGCGGCACCGGCCUCCUCGUCAAGCCCGUCGUCGAACAGGAUAAGGAGACGGCCGACGUCUUCAUCCCUGAUGAUGAGGUGUAUUACGACUACUUCACGUAUAACGUCAUCCCAACGUCCAAGGGUAAGAACGUCACGCUUUUGGCACCCCUGGACAAGACUCCCAUCCUCAUGCAGGGUGGCCAUAUCUUCCCGCGUCGUGACAAGCCUCGUCGGUCAAGCGCGCUCAUGAAGUGGGAUGACUACACGCUCGUGGUGACUGUGGGCCGCAAUAGCAAGUCCGCCGAAGGCGAACUGUAUGUUGACGACGGCGAUUCGUUCGACUACGAGAAGGGUCAAUACAUCCACCGAAAGUUUGUGCUCGACGGUGCCGCCAACACGCUCGCCUCCACCGACGCAGAGGGCCGCGACGCCAAGAGCGUGAAGGAGGGCGCCUGGCUCCAGGGGAUGCGCCAGGUCUCCGUGGAUAAGGUGAUUAUCGUUGGCGCGCCCUCAUCCUGGGCGGGCAAGAAGGAGGUGACGGUCGAGUCUGAGGGCAAGACCUGGACGGCGGCUCUCGAUUAUACGGGGGCUGAGAACGUUCGGGCCGCGUUCGCGGUGAUCAGGAGAGUGGGAGCUACAAUCGGGGCCGAUUGGAAGGUUUCCUUCGCAUAAGGCAAGGCAAAAACGAACAGCCUUGAUGAAGGUAGAUUCCCGCAGGUUCGGGUCAUGGUUAGAUUACGACAUGACCUAGGCUGGCCGCAGGCAUCGUUCAAGGCCGUGGCACGGUACCAGGCGCUGCAGACACGAAAAACUCGCCCUCGAAACCAUCUCUAGCUCUUGAGAUCUAUUGUGGUGCAAAAAUCAUGUACAGUACAUAGAACCCGUUAUAGUCUGCGAGACUCUCCCUCCCUUUCGGACCGACCAGAAGGAAAUCCAGGUUGCACGGCGAUCUCAUGUACGACGAGAAGGAAGGUUUCAGAGGUGCCAAGCAAUAAUGUAUUGGGUCUGCCGGGAGCUAGCCCUGACGCUGAGCAAACAGCGAGAGCCAAA